CUUGCUGGUUAUAGAGUGUAUAUAGCCGUUAUGCACCGCUGUACUAUUGUCAAAUGAGUGAAUCACCAAAUCAACAUGCGCUAUGUAACAAACACAUAUACAGAUCAACAGAACUAAUUUAGUACAUGUUCGUGGAAGCAACAUUGUUGAACUUUCGCAUCCUGUAAUGCUAAAAACGCAUGACAGUCUACACCACUUUAGCUAUGGCCUCCGUAAACAGUAAAGGCGAGGUGGGUUCAUUUAUAAAUAACAGCAGUGACAGUCACGUCGAGGAGAGAACAAAUUCAUCAGGUGACAAAUGCAUCAAUGACUUUUCAGCAAACCAUGACGUAUUAAGCUACGCCGAAAUUCUGUACAAAUGCACUUUGUGUAGGUCGCUACCGUCCAUUUUAACAAGUGAAGAUAACUUCCGGGUACACAUGCGCACUCAGCAUCUUUCGGGAAGCGAAGAACGAUCAAAAGACAAUGGAGAAACAUGUGGCGUUUGUAAGCUAAGGUUUAAAACUAAGGAGGACUUACAGUGUCAUACUGUAUCAACCCAUUCAAUUGCUCCGAAGCUGUCAGGAAAGGAUAAUAUUAUGUUAAGAAAAGAUGUGAAAGAAAGCAAAGAGAUUUCUUCGAAAAAAUCGACGUCAGCAAGUGCAUUUUUUCAUAUGACGUAUCAGUCAAGUGCACCGAAAGCCGUCUGCACAUCAAAUGUGGCGCUGACAUCUUCAGACGUCAUUGACGUAAAACCAACUUUGGCCGAACUAAUGAACGCUUGUUCAGAAGCGUUAAAUUUGAAGGGCAAAAGGAUAGGCCCUACUAAUACCGAUCACAGUGUUCCCUUAAAGUCAGGUGUGUUGAAGUCUGUUUAUUUUCCGUCGGAUAAAACGCAGCAAACCUCGAGCGACAGUCUGUGUCGACUUCAAGAACUUACUGACCAAAUCAUGGCGUCCAGCCGGUCAGUGACGGAGAAACGUCCGGUUGGGGGGGACGUCAGAGAGGGAGAAAGUGUACGCCAUCUGCCUACUCCGGGUUUCACUCAGGAAUUCGGCAAGUACACCAAACUCGUUCGAGAAGGAGGAAACAUUGUGUAUUUCUGCCAAGUGUGUAACUGGAAAAGUCCAUCUAAACCAGAUUUUCAGGCGCACUGUUCCGGUCAUGCGCACAGAGCCAAGUUUAGGCUGGCUACUAAAUCCGGUCACGACUGUUGUGAGUUGUCAACAGAGCAAUCAAAAGAGGGUUGCAGAGUCUCAGGGGACAAGUCGAUUUGUGUAAAAGUAACGGGAAACGCAAAGGAGAUGUCAGUGGGUAAAUUUUCACCGAUAAAUGUACUACACACCCCAGUGUGCACUUCGCAUAGGGGUCUCAUGGAUGACCUCAGUGCUGGUGCCUCUGGCCCUAAUGAGAGACCCCUGAAUCUCGCUGAUGGUCCCAGAAGUCAGAACACCGUUCGAAUCGACGGAAUAACCACGGAAGGGCAUAGAACAGGUACCACAGAGAGCGUAGAGGCGAAGGAAACGAGGAAUGCGGCAAGUGAAAACAAAAACGCUAGACAAUAUCCAGACACAUCUGUUCAGGAACACUUGAUGCUUCCACGGCGCAGGCGCAAAAGACCUGCACCAAUAAUGGUUAGGAACCAGGCGAAGGACGGCAAUUUCGAUUGGUCGGAUGGCAGCUCGAGCACCGCAAGCGAAUGCGACGAAUCCGUAGAAGCGGAAAUGUGCAAAAGACAAAAACACGAAGACUCCGACAGUGUCAAUAUGUCACGUCCGACAGCGAAGAAAUUAUCUCGUGCUGACUCUGAAAGUGAGAAGGGUGUCCAUGGGACCGAAAGCUCUCUCCAUCACAGGCUACAGAUGCACGUGCAAGAUAAAAUUAACCCGCAAAGGGCUUCCAGAUCUGACGAAAGCGUUGAUCCGGCACACGUAGUGUCAAAGAACGAUAACUCUGGUAUACCAGGGUAUGUGUUGUCAAUCAAACAUGAAACGGAUCUGGAGUUGCGCUCUAUGUCAUAUCCUGAAACUCAUUCAGAGAGACACCAGCAGGAUGAAAAUGGCACCGACAGCAGUGAUAACGUAGAGAAUGACGGAAUGAGAAGUAAUAACGGAGAGGGAUGGAAAAUACUCAGAAUAAAAGAAGUCUUAUCAGAGAUACUUUGUGAGAGUUCCAAAGCGAAUAUUGCUCGCGAUCUCUUGCUGCAAAAGGUCAGUCACGUGCUGCAAUGUCCGGAAGUCGUCCACUGGGGCCCGGCCUGUAACCGAGCCGUGCGAGAGGAAUUCCCAAACAGUAUUGCUCAGAGGAAGGGAAAGUUCAAGAAGACUUACUUCUUUGGAGUUCAAUUCAUUGAGCAGACGACCGAUCUUGGUCACAUAACCGAAGCAGAAGCCUUUUCGUUCCAGCCACUCAGGGAUAUGUCAUUGGACACAGAAAAAAUCCUGCAAUAUUUACCCGAUCUAGUUUGCUGGACUGGAGAUCUGGAAUCGGGCGUGUCACGUGAUGAGCUUCUUCAUCUACUGGCCGAGCCAAUCGCUGACUCUAACGUCUUAGUCUGGGGGAUUGAGUGUAACAGGGCGGUGAGGAAGCUCUACCCGGAAGUUCACACCAAGAGGAAAGGCAAAUAUAAGACUACUGUGUUCUACGGACUGAGUUACCUCCCUCACGUGAGACAAGAUCGCGUGGCACAGAAUUUCUUAAAGUCUCGAUCCGGAAACUUUACAGAAGGAAGUUCAUGCAGCUUGCCGUAUCACCCACAGGACAAAGAUACUUCUGGAAUCCCCCUCAAGAACGCGCAAAUCGAUCUCCCCGGAAGCUGUGAACAUGCGCAGAUGGGGUUCAGCGAAAGCGCUCCGCCGUCUCCGGUUGAUCUGAAAGUAGCAACCCCGAAGGAGAAACAAUAAAAAUGUAUCAUUGUUGCUGUAGAGAAUUCUUGGAAUUUCAAAGAUUGCUAGGGAAGAAACUGACAAAUUAUUAAAAGUUUUGCAGGACAGUGUCUCGCCUGAAGGAACUGAGUUUGUGUAUUAAGCGUGAUGACAACACAACAUUUUGAGUAAUUCUAGAUCUGUCAUAUAUAAUAAAUUAACAUCACUGCAUUGCAUUUACCUAAUUCUCCUUAAGCCAUUGUGGUAGAGGACUUAAACCUUGCUACUUUUUAAAAAUACGCACAUUAAGAGGUAAAAUGACAGGAUGACCGGAUUUAUUGGCUAAUAUUUGCCAGGUGUCGCCCUAUCCUAAUUGUUCUGGUGUUACUCUAUAUAUUAUGGUAUUUUAUGUUGUGUUGUGAUUUCCCAUCCAAGUUUUCACUCGGGCAUCAGUUGUAACAUCAAGCUGGUGAGAGAGGAAACGAUGUUCAAACUCUGGUAAAAGUGUGGAAAGUCAGCGUUGUUUGGUGAUGCAAAUUAGAUACUAGAAGAAAAAAAAUUCUAACAGCAUUUCAAUCACCAGAGCACAAUCCACCAUUCUUUCAAUAACCAGAACACACGAGAUGUGGGUUCAAUCCCGGUUCUGGACGGGGAAUUUGUAGGGUCUUUUAGUUUGUAGGGGGGGUCUAAUAGUUUGUGGGGGCGGUGGAAGUAAGCAAUCGGCGACGUUCGUGUCUUCCGUUAAUAAAGCGUGCAUAUAUGUACCUCACGUGUCAGAAAGUCAGUCAUUAACUUGCCAGGUUUUACUCAGCUUUACUGACAUGACGCCGUUUUCUGCAAUCCAUGAAACUCACCUCUAUUGUGCAGGUGAAUACUACUUGAGCAUGGCGUUAAACAACAAUUAAAUAAAUAAACAAACAAAUUAAUUAAUAUCUGUCAUUAUCUGUACAACUAGUAUCUCAAAACCAUGCAAAUCUAUGACAGCAUUUUUCUAGUUUUCAGAAAGUUAAGUGUGUAUAUAUUUCGAAGUGGUUGAACAAUGUCCGGGUUAUACCGUUCUAUAGAUCCACACGACAAUUUGGGAGGAAACACACAAUGUUCAUGAAUAAUUCAUUCACUUUAAAAGAUGGAGAAAUCCUAAAAAAUGCGUGAACUUCAGAAGAAAGAGCGCAAAAUUUUGGUUGUUAAUGUGAUCUCCAUAUAUAUUUUUUUCUGUUUGUCCUUAAAAAGAAAAACACACUUAAAAGUAAUUUUUGUGUGACAUGUGGGUAUUAGAGGUGGUCCAAAUACCCACUAUACACAAAUAUUUGGAAAUACGAUUUUCUCCCGGAGAAAAAUCUGUUAGAAAUAUUAGAGACCGUAUUUGCAAAUAGGUUAUCACACUCUUUCAUCUGAUUUUGGCAUUAUUUUUAAUCGAUACCUUUAUUACUUCGCGCAGCGUGAUUCUCAAAUUUCUUAUAUACUGGGUACGAUGAAGUCGUUAAUACGAUUAAUGUUAAUAAACUAUAAUGGAUAAAUCCCAGAAUGCUCACGCACUCACUUCUUCCUGUUCCGCAAGGUUAAAAAAAAUCACCGUGAAGCAAUGGCUUAACCUGUGCGAUAAAUGACCUCGAAUUUCCCCCAUGAUUGAGUUGCACAGUUUAUCUAAUUCGGAGCGUUUUGUUGAUCGUAAAAAGCUGUUUUCAGUUUUAUUUGAAUGGUAGAAUGAUAGUAUAGUCGAAAAAUUUUAGUGUCAGCGCCAAAAGUAAUGUUUUAUGACUUUGAUUUGGUUCUAAAAUGAUCUUCUUUGGGCGAUAUUUUAGGUUUUAUGACGUAUAUUUUCAACAAUUUUUUCCCCAAUCAGCUGAAUGGAAAGCUGGAAAACUUUUGAAGAUGACUAUAACAGAAUUGACGGACUUGCGUAACUGAUUUUUCCGGAGAAUGGGCACUAUGGAAUGAAUGAAUGAUUAUAUCUUGACACCACAUUGUCAGUAUUCUUACCCUGUCAGGGUUGACAGUCCAAAAUAAACUGCAAAUAGCCUCAUGAGUUGUUAUCAAGGUGCAGUUCAUAAUGUGCUAACGUAUUCUAGAAUACUCAUGCAAAUAUCCUGUAAUUCCGUGAAGGUAUUAUGAUAAUAUUAUUUCCGGUAUUUAUUGAAAUGGCUGCAUGUUUUAAUGACUAGUGUUUAUUUAUUGUUAUGAAUUUCAUCCUAUUAAAACAUCAU